CAAGGCUCAACGCGGCGUCUAUGUAUAUUAUGUCUAUGGUUUUAACCAUGAUUAGAUGAGUGAUUUUAAGGUACUAACAAAAUAUGGACUCUUAUUUUGAAUUAACCCGGAUGUUUUCGUUUGUAGCUGUAGCAUUUCCGGUAUCAGCUACAGUGGUUGCAGGGCAGUGGAACCAGCUGCGGCAUUGUAUGAGAUGAUAUAAUAGUUUCACGUAAAGUGUUGGUUUCUUCAAUCGGUGACACGGAAGCUACCAUGUACCGUCCAGAUAAACCUGCACACCGUCCACCGCCGUUCGGACCACCACCACUACACCCCCAUGGCCCUCCUUUCAGAGGGGCCUGUGGCAUGCCUCCUACCGGACACUUGUCUGGCUCUUGCGGACCUUUUUCGGCUUCAGCACCGGACAGCCAUUUUCUCCACAACCGGCCACCAAGAGGGCAUUUCUCCAGUCCCCACUGUAGCAGCUUCUCCAUAGACCGUAGUACAGUGAUUGCUCUGGGAGGCAACCAGCAGAUCGUCUCUCCUGCAGUACCACCACAUCAAGUCCCACAGUGGAAUCCCACUCCUGUGGAACGUCCUCCUCCAGAUAGCAGUGAACAAGCUGGUGAAGAAUUCCUGAGAUGCAUUGCAGCCAACAAGCCUCUCCCAGACUAUCUGAAGGGGGACAUGGCAUACAACCUUGCUGAAGCAUUUAAGUCAGCUAAUGCCCUGAAAGAAGCAGUCAUAUCAGACUCGGAGUUCCAGAAGCAUGUGACUAGGAGCAAAAGCCAUAGUCGUAGUAGAAGUCACGGUAGAAGUCGCGGGAGAUCAAGAGCCAAAAGCCGAGCACGCAGCCGAAGCAAAAGUAGAGCACACAGCCGAAGCAGAGGAAGGAACAAAAGUCGAACUCGUGGCAAAAGUCAAGCUAGAAGCAAAAGCAGGCCAAGAAGCAGCAGCAAGGCACGAAGCAGGAGUCAGAGUCAUGGCCGAAACAAGAACAAAAGUCAUGUACGGCACAAGAGUCGGGGCAGGAGGUCCAAGUCGCGAAGUAGCGGUAGUGAAAAGAGCCAUGCCAAAGACAAAAAGAGAAAGAGGAGUCCCAGUCAAAACUACGGGAGCAGUACUAACAGCAUUAAUACUCUAAAAGGAAAUAGUCUGUUAGAAGGAUUGAAGCUGGUCAUGAACAGCAAAGAACUGGAUAAGCGGUUGCCCGCACUCAAAGAUGCCAUUCUCACUAUUCAGACCACUGGUGAAAGCAAACAAGUGGGGCCUGUGAAGGAUGAGCACAAACAUCAGCAACUUGACAGUGAGGAGAAUUCACUGUCACUGGAUAACGACAGUAUGCUCCUUCCCCAUGACAGAGUAGGCAGUGACUUCUCUUGGCUCCAAGCACAGAGUCAAGAGGUCUCCACCAUCCAGAAAGCUGAUGAGGUUGAAGAUGAAGAGUCAUUCUUGUAUGGGAUUGGAGAUGGUGGAGGAAAGCAAGCCGAUAGAUCCUCUACAUCCCUUUUCACAGCAUUUUUCCAGAUUGGGGACCAUGACAAACUGCAGAAAAUGGACGCUUCUGCUUGUAGCAGUCAGCAGCAGUCCCUUCAAAUGACUUCCUCCAGCCUAGCAUCUGCAGAUCUGAACAACAGUGAGUGUGAGAAUGUCAAGAACAUUUUAAAGAGUCUUGGCACAGCAGACCUCAACAAAAUCAUGGGAAAAAUGCAGGGGCAGCAGGUGGAGAAGCAUCAGUCUUCUGCAUUUACUGGUUCAGACCCAACGGCAGUUAUCUUGCCAGCACUGAGUAACCCCAAUGUACGGCAAGCUCUUGAGUCUCUACAGUCUUUGAUCAAAGCGACAAAGGAGAAGCGGACUAAAGGUGAUGGAAGCGGAACAUCUCUGACCUCUGAUGAACACAAGGAAAAUGAUAAAAUGAAGAGAGAGAAGCAAGCCAGAAUAAGUAAAAUGGAAUCCUUGAUGAAAGAAUUGGAGGAAUUGUUGAGACAAGAUGGAUUAGGUUUUCUGACACCAGUGAUUGGGUUUUACUGCCAGAAAUGUGAGGAGUUCAUUGGAGAUUUGAAUUGUACUGAAAAACAUGCAGCUAUCCACCAACAAAGUAACUCCAGUAGUAAAGUGCUGGAGAAGGAUACUGGUGACACCCAAGGACACGCACACUAUUUUAGCAACAGUAGUGACCAACACAUACAACCCUUAGACCAAAGAGAUCACAGGGACUACGGCUACCAUAGAGAUUCAGAGGAGCACAGGAAUCACAGAGACCAUCAACGAGACUGGAGGGAUGAGAGAGAUCACAGAAGCAAACCCACUGACGAAAGCAGAGGUCACAGGGAUAGGCAGGAAAAUAUCUCCUUAAAAGACGAGAUGAAAAAGGAGAGGAUGCUCAUAACGGUGUCAUGUGGCCUGACACCACCUCCAAAUGUCAGGGUUAAGGAAGAGGUUAACAAGGAGCAGGCCAGCAGAAGCCAACACAGAUUAAAAGUGGAAGAGACAGACAGCAGUGGCAAAAAGUCACCCAAGGACAGCAGAGAAAAAGGCAGAAAAAAAGAUGAAAGCAGUGAUGAAAGCAGUGAUGACAAUGACAAAGGAAAAGCACCUAAAAAGAAAAAGAAGGAGAAAAAGAAGAAGAAGAGGAAGAAGAAGGAGAAGGAGGAUAAGUUCUAAUUGUUGUCAUACCUGUCAGUUUUUCACUCUUGAUAGAUAUGCGUCCACUGUUUUUGCCAGCCAAGGCUAAACAUGUCCCUGACUGAUGCAGAGGUGAAAUUGGUAUAAAUCUUUUCUUAUGAUUGUCGCCACAUUUUCAGACAGUUGGAUUUUCAACGUGCUCGCUCACAACAUGCUCAUCCACCUUUUGCUAAGUGGGUAUGUACAGAUUUUUAUGUCACACGGAAUAUGAUGAUAUUUUAGGUAUGUUCCCACAUUCUGGUUUAAUCGUUGGAUUAAAGGUUGGAAAACUUUGGCAAGUAAUUUUUGCCAGCAUUCAAUGUUUUUCAAUACCAUUGCUGCUGUGUGAAUAUUUUCUAAGAACUUACAGCAUUGUAGUGUUGGAAAUGCUAUUUAAGUUCCAUUUUCUUUUGACUUGUCUGCAUUUUUAUCUGAAAUACAGGAUGACAUGUUUUUCUUCUGUGGUGACAUUUACAUAAAACUGGAAAUGUGUAGUUUAAUAAAGGAAGCUAAAAAGACAAGUGUUAUUGUAAUUGAUGUGAUGUUUAUUUUUACAGUGCACUGUCCAUAAUCUGUUAACAAAAAAGUCAAAAUAUGUAUAUAUUUAAUGUAGGUUGAGUUUCAACAUUUUUG